UGGUUGGGGGCUCAGCCACAGAGAGACCAGCACGAGUGCAGCAUCCGCUACAAAAGUCACAUGGUAUGCUGGCUGUUCUAUCUUUAGACCACACCCAAGCGCCCGACUCAGUCUGUUGCCGGCGCUGCACCACCUCACAUCACCUCUAUUUUUGGCACCGCUCCAGAAACACAGGUUACCUCGGGAAAGUCACAGGAAACAGGUCACGGCAAAAUGUCUUCACACAUUCAGCUACGACAUAAGUCGAGAUGUCACAUUCAAACCUGUGUCACGUGUCAUGAGCGAGAGCCCAUCGUCCUCUUCUUCCCAUGUGGUCACGUGAUCACGUGCUCGCCGUGCUCGGAGACCAUGGUCAGCUGUGCCUCGUGUGGGAGGAGGAUUCUGGGCUCGUGUGUCCUCGCUCCACCAAGUCCCUCGUGCAGGACAAGCAGGGUGUGAAGGCAGCGUGACGACAUCGUCACGUGGGAGGCUUCAUGUACAGCCAGACGUCCUGCCGCCUAUACCUUGUGUAGACGGAGAGUAUUGACGAGGGACAAUUGUUACCAUGCAUGUCAUCUCUUGAUACUAAAACCAGCACCGACAACCUUUACAGGAGAUUUUAGUUCCGUGGACGCAGUCCCGCCCCCUGCAAGCUGCUGUGUCAUCUGAUUGGCUGACCGGAGGCGGGGCCAACACCAGAUGGAGGCUUCAUUGCCAGAUCGCCUUCGAGGACAGAGUGGUCUGUGUGCUUGCAGAGCCGGACUGCCGCUGGCAGACGACGCAGCGAGAUCCAAAAUGGCGCAGCCCCGUAGGGCUUCAGGUGUUUCUCUCCUCGACUCUCAUUGGCGAGAGAUAACAAAGGCGCUCUAUGAGGAGGACGUCGAUGACUUUGUGAGAGGGUUUUACCCCGACUCACCCACACGCCUACAACUGCUGGCUGAGAGCCACAGACACAAGGCUAUAUUUGUCAGCGGAAAUCUUGGCAAAACCCUAACAGAUAGUUUCCAUGAUCUCUCUAACCCUCUAAUGACUCUGAGUGGAAGAAAACUCAGCUUUUCGCAGGACUGGAGAGGCCCCCAUCCUCUAGAAAUGGCGCUAGCAGGGUUCUUCUACACCAGCACAGGCCAGGUGGAGUGCUGCAACUGUGGACUGCAGGUGAGGGAUGCCAGUGAACCCAGGACGUGUCCAUGGAGAGUUCACAUGGAGCUUGCACCCCGCUGCGUGCACCUGGCACGGUACAAUGCUCAGGGACCCUCCUACAAGAGAAGUAAACUAAUCAGAGUGAAUUCUACGUCAGCCUUUCUUGACCUUCUGAGAUAGUCUCAGGUCCAGGAGACCUCAACAUUUAGUCGCAGUUUGACUGAUGUGUGUGGGUGUGACCGAGGUGUGAGCUACAGUUUGUCCAGCCUUCAGACAGAUCGGAACUCCUUUUGUCGGAGACUGAGGAGUAGGGGUGAGUGUAUACAAGUGCAGGAACCAUGACACCCAUUGACUUACAUCUUUGUGUGGUCCAUGAUCUUCUCAUCAGGCAGCACCCAUUCCCAGCAUCUGGUCCAACUUACAUCAGCGCUACGGUCGGUAGACGACUCGUGUUAGAAGCAUCUGCAAAAUUAUCUUUGGGAUUAGGAUUAGAAAGUGUGUAGUAACUGAACUAGGGAUUAGAGUAUGUAAAGAAAACACAGCUUGUAUGGAUGCCAUACUCAUACCUGAUACAUCUAUGUGGUACUAGGUGUUACUGGAAGGUUUUCUGUUGUUAAUGUCGUGUCAAAGUUUGUUGAAACGGCGUGUUUGUAAUAUGUUCUGUUGUAAUACAAGUAAUAUUAAUAAUUUUCUACUGUUAGAAUAUUAUUUUAAUUUAAUUGUCUAUAUUGCUUACAUUUAUUCAUGUUUUUUCGUUCAAAGUCCACUUUCGAAACUGUGAUUUUAGUUUAUAUUCUCCAGGAGUUUUGUCGCUCAGGAUUGAUCUUUUACCAAUAUUUUUAAAGACUAUCUAAAUGUAAUAAAUUAAUCAAAAAUAAAUAAAUUACUGUAUGCGCUUACGUAUGUGUUUUGGGAAUAAAUACACACAUCAGUAGCAGGGUGUGGCGGAUAGAAAGAGUAUUUUGGGCUAACAGCAAAGGAAAGGGUGUUAGACGGGUGUGCACCCUAAUCUGUUGUCUACUAAGACUACACUGUAGACUACACUGUAGACUAACUUGUAGACUAUACUCACGUGUUUGACCUGUUUUUUGCUGGUGCUUUACCUGCUAACAUCGGAUCUAGUCAUGGCACACCUCCGACAAUAUAUCCUUUGCUAGAAAAAACCGAUGUAAGAUUUACACAUCGAAUAUAGUCUCUUUCUCUCGCCUAGACAUGGGGAUUAUGAGUCCUGAUGUGAUAAUAAAAGGUGAUAAUAAAGGGCUAUCUUUCAA